GCGUCCGGGAUGUUGCUCAUGGAACUAAGAUGGCAUCCGAGGACGGUGCGGGUAUCGUGUCAAACGUAAGAUGCAAUGUAAAUAAUACGAUUGAGCGAGCGGCCGAGUCAGCUGGCGAAGGAGCAACGGGCGCGACGUCGUCCGAAACGACGCGGCACACCGUUGCCGAGGGAACGGCCGACCGCGUGAACGAUCCCGCGCGUAAUUCGCCCAGGACGCCCACAGGUAUCCCUGCAGCGUCACCGUUUCACGCGAACACGGAAGGGCACUCGUUACCGAGGAACUCGAGCCUCGUGUGCUCGUCCGGUGAUGUGGAGGAACGGGUCACAGGUGAGCCCGACAACGACACGCAGCAGCAGCCGUCUCUUCAGCGGCGCAUCAUGUCUCACCAGAGGACUGACCUGGACAGCACUGCUUGUCUUCCAGCAGAACCAGACGGGAGCCCAGAUCACUGCAAUAAUGAUGUAGUGAAAGCUGCUACAGAACCAAUUCAUCACAUUAUACAUCCCGACAUCACAUAUAAUAAGGACGCAAUGUUAUCCGGAGGCACACACACAUUGUCUGCAAAAACAAAAUUAGAGAGAUGCGUGAAUUUCUCCAACAACACACCGCAGCUGGGGGAGAGCCCACAAAGUAGUGGUGAGGUCAUUAGCAGUCCAAGGAGCCCCGACUAUCCUCCAAAAGUUUCCGUCAGUCCUCAUCCUCACAGUCCGGAUACUACGUUUCCCAACAACAUGAUGUCAGUGAAUUCUACAGUCAUUAUGGAUACGGCAAAAUAUAACGAGGAGAGCACCGAAAAUGUUCCUAAACACGUGGAUAAAGUCACCGAGUAUCCAUUGUGUUUACCGCCGGAGAAAGUCGACGAUUCGACGCAAGUGAGUGUCACGAAAAGAGAAUCGAGCGAGCAGCAAGAUGCUGCUGCAGAGAAAGAUAUCACGGGCAAAGAAUUGAAAGUAGAAUCUGAAGUCAAAAAGGAGCCCGUAGACUUGCAGGAGGAACAGCAAAUAAUAAAAUCAGAAGACGCGGAAGAUGGGUUUUCAACGGUCGCAGCAUCAGGCAUCGACGCCACUACGUCUCAAGAGAAAUCCGCGAGUUGCACCAACUCGUCUAAUCCAUCCUCUAGUUCGCACUCGAAAACCUAUUCGUCUUCAAGAGAGAAGCGCUCGAAGGACGACAGACGACAUUGCUCGCAAUGUUACAGACGUAAAAAGAUUAAGAGAGCAAGUGUCGGUAUACAGUGCAAACGUGACCGUCACGUGUUGUCCUCGCUGAGCAGCAAGCUCCUACCUUUCUCCAAGUCGACCAAUGACAAUUUGAGAUUGAAUCUGCAAACGAAAAAUUAUAAGAUGCUUAACAAUCCAGUGACGAAGAGUGAAUUGCUGGACGGCCUAAAGUACAAGAAAUUCAUUCACAUAGAAACGUAUCCCAAUGGUGGUGCGACAGUGGUCCACAUGUAUCAAGACGAGAUUGACAGCUUGUCGCGAGAACAAAUGGAAGAAUUGACGCAGGAAUAUUUCAAGGUGGUUUUUGGCGAGGACGAGAACGGUAAUGCUCAUCAUGUGAUGGGCAUAGUGCACAAUGCAGCUGCAUAUCUACCCGAUCUGUUAGAUCACAUGGCGAAUAACUACCCCACACUGACCGUGAAAAACGGAGUGUUGGGUAGAAGUAGUGAUAUCGAAACGACCACGAUAGUUCAAUACAAAGACCAAGUUUGUAAAGCUUACAGCAACGGCACCGUUAGAUACGGACCGUUGCAUCAGAUAAGUCUCGUAGGUACUGUUCAUGAAGAAGUUGGCGGAUAUUUUCCGGAUCUGCUGCAAAAAUUAGAAGAGAAUCCAUUCUUAAAAAUGACGAUGCCUUGGGGUCCGCUGUCCGUCGUGAAGAUGGAAACGCCGCAAGAAUCGAACGACGGCCCCAUCCUGUGGAUCAGACCGGGUGAACAGCUGGUACCAACGGCGGACAUAAACAAGAGUCCGUAUAAACGACGCAGGACGGGCAUUAACGAGUUACGAAAUCUACAAUACCUGCCACGACUCAGUGAAGCUCGGGAGUACAUGUUCGAGGAUCGUACGAAGGCGCACGCUGACCACGUUGGCCACGGGCUAGACAGGAUGACCACGGCGGCGGUGGGCGUGUUGAAGGCCGUUCACGGCGGUCAGGCAUCCGAGUAUAACAGGAUCACGAAGGACGUCGUGGCCUUUUACGCAGGCGACUUCACCGAACUCGUCGAGAAGCUGCAGCUGGACUUGCACGAGCCACCGAUAUCGCAGUGCGUACAAUGGGUGGAGGACGCUAAGCUGAAUCAAUUGCGCAGGCAGGGCGUCCGUUACGCCAAGAUCAAUCUCUAUGACAAUGACAUAUAUUUUCUACCGCGCAACAUUAUCCAUCAGUUCAGAACGGUCUCCGCUGUUUCGAGCAUCGCUUGGCACAUCAGACUGAAGCAGUAUUAUCCGGAGUCGCAGCACAACUCGAGUAUCAAGCACAGCCGCGUAGUGAACGAAUCUGCUCACCGCAUUAAAGAGAAAAAGUCGCUGGAGACUGUUAUUAUAGGCGACGAGCAGAAGGAGAACACGAACCGGCAGCGCCUGGAGCAAAAAUUGUCGAUCGAUCCCCUGGAGAAGGCGAAGGAGAGAGCGGCCGAGUAUCAGGGCAACUUGAAGAAAUCCGAUCAGCACGGGAAGCAUCGCAAGAGCCGACAUCACUCUAGAUCACACACGUCACUCAAGCGGAAGGACAAGGAAGAGAACAACGACAAUCCAUCGUCGGAUCCGUUCAGCAACGCUAAGUCGUCCAAGAGCGAGAGCAGCGAACAGAAACAGAGUACCGAGAAGAAGGACGAGAAAAGAUCGGAGAAGAAGCAUAAGUAUCAUCGUCGUAGCGGCGAUAAAUCGAGUAGUCAUCACACGCAUAGCUACAGUUCCGACAAUAGUCACUCCUAUAAGAAGAAGAAAUACGACAGCGGUCACAGGUCAUCGUUGGAUCACCGUAGCCACCACGAUAAAUCCAGCAGUAAAAGCAUAUCGAGUAAAGAGAACGUUUCCAGCGCGGUGGAAGCUAGAGUAGCUCCCAUGUUCGAUAGCUCGUCUUCCCUGAAGGAUGCUAAGAGACACCUGAGCGGCACAGGCUUGUCCCCGUCGAGGGACGCAUCAGCAACCGGAGAUUCACCUUUGGUGGUUCUUGAGGAGGAGGUGUUGACGCAGCGGCAGAUCAUUGCCAAGACAUACGCCACCGAAGUGGUGGACAAAGCGCUGGAAAUAGCCAUUUAUAAAUCGAAGACCGACGUCGAAGAGGUUUGCCAGUCACUGCGCGACGGAGUCUCGGAGGCGUCGAAGGAAGUGCUGGAGAAGAUUCACAAGGAGAGCUUCGAGCUCGCUGAACAAAAGUUCAAAGACGACGCUGCAAAACUUGAGCGAUACUGUCACUUGUUGGAGAUGGAGACGGUGCUGGCGUUCACAUCGAAGAUGGAGUGUGCGACGGAGAAUGCCGUUAAGGCGUUGAUCGAGAUGGCGGAGGACGAGGCAAAGGAGAGCUCGAAGAAUGAAAAGACCACGGACUUCGUGAUCGAUACUGGCAGCAAUCUCGGUGAAAACGCGACAACGGCAAAAAUCAGUGCUCCCUCGUACUCCUCGUCAUCGCUGGUGUCAUCUCUGUCUUCAUCCACUGAAAACGAGAGACACAGUAACAGCAGAAACGGCAGCAGUGACGAACACUCGCCGAAGUCAUUUGAGUCUCAUGCCGCGACGCAUUCGAAGUCAAAGUGCAGGAACGAUAAGGAGUGCGACAGAGAACGACACAAGAAGAGAAGAGACCGCGAGAGGCGGGAGCGGAAACACAGUCGACACCGACACCGAAGUCCCCAGCUGACAACCGACUAUAGUAAAGUAUCCGACGACGCUCUGAACAUUCCCGGGCUGUCGCACAAUUACACCCUUACCGCAGAGAAAUCCGAGCGAGCGAAGAACAUCGAAAAGAAAUCCGAGAAGAGAAGGAAGUGCCACUGUGAUCAUCACUGCAGUCACAGGCACGAGGAGAAAAGGUCGUCCGGUAACAGUGGUACCAGCAAGGACGGCCAUUCAACGUCGAGUCAUUCCCACUCGUCGAGCUCGAAGCACAAGAGGAAGUCCAGCUCGUCCGACGAGCACAAGAUAGUGAAGAGACUGUACGUGGAGAAGGACUCGAGUACGCGAACCUCGGAGUCAAGCGCGCAGCUGAGCAACGCGGUAACCACGACGAUGACGACGACAACGGUAACAACGACGACGACAGCAGAAGCGACGACGGCAGUAACGUUCUCGUCGCCGUCGACGGACACUGUUGCGUCGACCACGUGAAAAGGUGACGAUCGUUUUCGGCAAUUAGUACAAUCCGCUCGGUAAGGGUGCGCGGACCUGUGCGCACCGGCAAGCGGGAGAACAACUCGGUGUUACGACUCGAGCAACAGCGCGAAUUCUAACUGAAUUUUCUUUAGUGUGGUCAAACGCGAUCGGAGCGGAAUUGAAGCGAGAGAGAGAGAGAGAGAAACAAAGGUUGAACAACGCGAAACCAUGCACCCAAGUACCGCAGGAAACGUUGUACUUUUACCAAAGUCGAGAUCGCCGUGUUUCAAUCCAAAGACGAGACGACAAAAACUUCUACUGGUUCACAGAGUUUGUUACAUUCAUUCUUUUUCCUGUACAUAUACAUUUGACUACAUACACACGCACACAUACAUAUCGCCUUACUCUCGACCAGAGAACAUAAACUACGAGGAAAUAGCAUUUCUACAUUUGUGUUUGAAUACUCGAUUAUGUCUCGAUGAUUAGUUUUUUUUCCCAUUUUCUCCUUGUUUCUACUGCAUAAAAAAUUUUUGCUCUUCUCUUCUGCUGUCUUCUUCUUGCUUUUCAUUGUCGCAUUAGCAGCUGGAUAAUUCUAUCGUCUUACAAUUUUAUGGAUUCAUCAGCGAGAUUAAUGAGUAUUUUGGCUAUUGUAUUUUUUUAAUAUCUCUAGCUUGGAUUGUAUUAAUCUUUGGAUUUUACGUAUUGACAUUUUCGGCAGACGUAUCUUUUCGUUUAACGUAUUCGUUAAUUUGUUUUUUUUAUUUAAAUGGCACGGGGAUAGAUGUUUAUAUUGUGUUAUGUUUUGGCUUGUAUUUUAUAAAAAUAGUUCUAUUUCCUUCUUUUUUUAAUACAUAAAGUGCAUCACUAUGUUAAUUCUUGUUUGGAGUAAGAUGACGGUUCGCCUGCUGAACAUUCGUGUAACAAAGUAAUUUGUUUUUAUAUAAAAAAAACUAUAUAUAAUAUAACAAAGGCUAAUUUUGAUCUUGCCUCCUGGCUCGAGAUUCUGGCGCUUGAAUUGUCUAUAAAGUAUAUGUACACUUACAUAAAACACACAAAAAACACACACAGGCGCGCGCGCCGAUACAGGAUCGCAAAAAUUAUUUUGCUACAAAAGAACUCUCCGGGCGUCUCAUACACCGCUGAGAAUUAAAAAUAAAAUACUAAUAUUUAUAGUAUAGACGACCAAAUGAGAGGUGUACAAAAGGGAAUUUGUACAAAUUUGUGAUUGCAAAAAAUUAAUCCCAAUUAGCACGACGCCGUGCUGUGUACUUGUACAUAGAUUAAUAUUAUUUUCCUUUCAGAGAAUCAUAUCUUUCACCCUGUGGGACUCGCUUAAGUUAUUUAUAUAUCUUACUUUAUGCAUAAAUUAUUUAUAAUUAUUUCAUUGGCCAUCCUGCGCUCACACGAAACUCAGCCUAUACUGCGGAAAAUUAAUAACGAUUUCUCGACACGGCCGAACACUCAUUUCGCGAUUCUUAAUGGCACAAAUUUAGAUUUGUGCUGUAAUAAUUGAAUAUUUAUAUCUUAAAUAUGUAGCAUAUUUUAAGGAGUGAAAGAUAUAAAAAAAAAGUUUUGUUUGUGUGCGUGCGUGCGUGAAUAUGUGUGUAUGCGUGUGUGUACAUACACACGUGCACACACAUAUGCAUAUAAUGUAUAAGUGUGACAAUUAAGAUAUUGAUUCUAGGAUAAAGGAGAUACUUUUACACUUGAAUUUACGUUAGUACACGUAUCACGAAACUGUCGCGAUGGGUUACUGACUUGAUAAUAUCCCUUAUUAUGCUUUCAAUUUUUUAUCUUAUAAAUAAUAAUUUUAUUUUUUAAAUAAUAAUUAUAUAUUAAGAGAGAGAAAAUACUUUAACUCAUUACUUGGUAAAUAUACGAAUAACGUACAUUACACUGAGUAUAUUAUUGUUCAUAAUGUUUUCUUCACCAAAAAUAUAAAAUAAUAUUUUUUUACUUAAUCAAAAAGUUCUUCAUCUACUUGCUCGCUUUGUUAUUUUUGUUUUUAAGUGCAAUGCAUUGAUGUUAAUAUUAAUAAAUGUGUACAAGCUCGCCUUCGAAAAUGAAAGUUCGAGACAGUGAUGCAUUGCGACAAAUCGAUCGCAAACGUUAAUAUUUUCUCUACUUGAGUACACAAUAAGAACGUUCUAAGUACAGUUGAUCCAUAGAUUUAGAAAAUCAUCCGACUUGGAGAAGAGAUGAUGGCAAAAUGGCCAAUGUAGAUUUGUGCAUACUAAUUAUCGUCUAAAGAAUACAUACAAUAUCGAGACAGCUUCACAGAUCUUGGUGGGACGUUCUAUACAUUGAAUGUGCCUCAUGUUUGUGACAGUGAAUAUAUUUCUUUCAUUAUAUUCUUCCAGACUUUGUUAUAACGUUUGUAUAUACACGCGAUAAAGGAUCGUAUCCGUAUGCUUUAUUUUAUAAGUUUGUCAUGUUAAUAACAUUAUGAUUCCCGUAUCAGAACAUUAAUAAAAAUAUCAACAUCGUGUUACACUUUCGUUAUAUAUAAAAACCCGCAUUCUUAUUUAUAGAGCUAAAUGUGUGAGUGUGUCAUAUCUUCAUCUCACAUUUAUAUCGCCGCAUCGCAUUGCCGGCAUUUAAAGCCCGUAAAGAGACGAGAAAUAAAAAAAGAUUGGUUUUCUUUUCGGUUGCAACGUUAGAAGAAAAUAAUAUGUUACAACCAUUUAUCCUUUUUUCAUUGCAAUUUAUAAUUUAGCAACAAACAAUAAGUAUACAACGUAAAUGCAGAACAAACUCUUUUAUUAAUUUUUCAAUUAACGAGAUAAAAACAAGAAAAAAAGACAACGCGUUUAUACGUUUGGGUAAUAACGUACGACGAAAGUGUACACAGACAAACAGAUGCGUACGUAAUCUAGUAAUCUGCAGCUGCAGAUGGCAGAUUCGCAAUUUUAUUAUAGAGAACGAUUUAAUUAUAACAAAUGUAUACAAUCGCAUAUAAAUUCUAGUUCCAUAGAAUGUAGGUGCCUAAAAUCACUAAUUAUCCAAGAUAAGAUUAUCAUCAAAUGAGAACCUAUUCCUCGUGAAGAUUUUCCAAAUACUUUCCUAUCUUAGAGACCUUCUUUGAAAGUUUGUUUUCUCACAUUGCAGCUUUUUAGCAAACGGCUAAAUCGGCUUUGAGUAGCUAUAUUCCUCGGUACAGGAAAGGAAGACUCGUACGAACAAAAAAUCUGUAAGAUUUAAAUUAAAUUAAAUUUAAAUUUAUUAUAUUAGAUAAAUUUUUCUUUCGAUCAUACUGGCUAACAUAUGCUAGAUGGUCAGCAAUGGAUAAACUAAAAUCUCUGUUUUUUCAAACGCGAUAUACUGCACGCCGACGGGAUUUGUCAGUCUAAUAAUGCAGCAACCGUUUUUUCCCUUUUUUAGUUUAUCCAUUGCUGACCAUAUAGCAUAUGUUAGCCAGUAUGAUCGAAAGAAAAAUUUAUCUAAUAUAUGAAAUUGUCUGGCGAUUAAUAAUAUUUCAAUUAAAUUUAUUAAUUAAAUUUAAGUUAAAUUCGAUAAAAUUGAUCGCUCAUUGAAGCGAACUGUUAUUUGAAGAAUACCAAAGUAUACGUCUCUAAAAAAGGACUAAAUUAAAAGCAAUCUACAAGCUGCUGCUUUGUGAGGGAAGCUGGGAUCAAUUGUAAUACUUAAAACGUGAAUUAAGCUGUGAAAUUCUCCUCUUAUAAUUGAGCCUAAAAUCCCGUAUCUUUAUUUUUCCGAAGUAGUAAUUAAUGAUGAAACCAGAUGAUCCAUAGAUGCUGAAUAUUGUACAUUACUUGAUAUUUUAAGGUGCCUUCGCUUUGUUUGUUGCAGUAAAGCUAUUUCAAUGAUCAAUCACAAGCCGUUGGUUUACUCAAUACAUAAAUUAAAAUCUUUUAAUA